UCCGCGCAGCGCCCGGCAUGCAGCCCUCCGGGCCGGCCGCGGCCGAGCUGGACGCCUCGCUGGAGCAGUACCUGCGGGUCCGCAUCUUCAAAAUCAUCGUCAUCGGCGACUCCAACGUGGGCAAAACCUGCUUGACCUUCCGCUUCUGCGGGGGCGCCUUCCCCGCCAGCACCGAGGCCACGAUCGGCGUGGACUUCAGGGAGAAGACGGUGGAGAUCGAGGGAGAGAAAAUCAAGGUGCAGGUCUGGGACACAGCUGGCCAGGAGCGGUUCCGGAAGAGCAUGGUAGAACACUAUUACCGCAAUGUGCAUGCCGUCAUCUUUGUCUAUGAUGUCACUAAGAUGGCUUCCUUCACCAAUCUCAAGAUGUGGAUUGAGGAAUGCAAUGGGCAUGCUGUGCCUCCUUUUGUCCCCAAGGUGCUUGUUGGGAACAAGUGUGACUUACGAGAACAAAUUCAGGUGCCAUCCAGCGUGGCCCUGAAAUUUGCUGAUGCUCACAACAUGCUUUUGUUUGAAACAUCAGCCAAGGACCCCAAAGAGAGUCAGAAUGUGGAGUCGAUUUUCAUGUGCCUGGCCUGCAGGUUGAAGGCCCAGAAGUCCCUGCUCUAUCGGGAUAUGGAGGGGCAGCAGGGAAAAGUGCAGAAACUGGAGUUCACACAAGAUGCUAACAAUAAAAAUUCCUGCCCCUGCUGAACAGAGGCUGUGCAUUCUAGGUUAAUAUUGUGGGGGGAGGGUUUUGUGCCUGUAUAAGAUUGAGAUCUGCUUGUUUCACUAUAAGUUAAUGUUAACAAAAUAAAAUUUGUAUCACUGA